UCCAACGGUUUCAUCAGAAAUUGUGAAGUUCGCCCUUUAAUAUGGAACGCGGAGCUCUGCACAUUCGAGUCAACAUCUCCAUUGGAGCUCUCGCAAUGUUUCUUCUCAAGGCCUGGAGAGCCACAGCUUUCGGGGUCUAUGGCUUCCUCCACUUCACCAAAUCUGGGUUCAUUGAACAUUCUAAGAAGUUCAAACCAGAGGAUAUGCAAACGAGCAUUGAAGGGAAAAACUGCAUUGUUACUGGGGCAAAUUCCGGGAUUGGAUAUGCAACUGCAGAGGGUUUAGCAUCACGUGGAGCUACUGUCUAUAUGGUAUGCCGCAACAAGGAAAGAGGAGAAGCUGCUCUCUCUGAGAUUAAGUCUAAAACAGGAAACCAGAAUAUUCAUUUGGAGGUCUGUGAUCUUUCAUCAGUCAGUGAAAUUAAGUCAUUUGCCUCAAAUUUAACUUCAAAGGAUGUCCCAGUCCAUAUUCUGAUUAACAAUGCUGGCUUGCUUGAGCAUAAUCGAAUUAUGACGCCUGAAGGGUUCGAAUUGAACUUUGCUGUGAAUGUAUUAGGCACUUAUGCAAUGACUGAAUCAAUGAUGCCAUUGCUGGAGAAAGCUGCCCCUGAUGCUAAAGUCAUCACAGUUUCUUCUGGUGGAAUGUAUUCAGUUCCCUUGACCAAUGAUCUGCAGUUUAGUGAUGACAAAUUUGACGGGGUCAAACAGUAUUCACUUAACAAACGAGUUCAGGUGGCUUUGACAGAGAAAUGGGCAGAGAUGUACUCUAACAAAGGGAUUGGAUUCUACUCGAUGCACCCGGGGUGGGCCGAAACACCUGGUGUUGCCAAAUCUUUGCCAAGUUUCUCUAAAUCGCUCUCGGGGAAGCUAAGAACGAGAGAGGAAGGGGCCGAUACGGUUGUUUGGUUGGCUUUACAGCCAAAAGAGAAGUUGGCGUCAGGAGCAUUCUACUUUGAUAGAAGUGAAGCGCCAAAGCACUUGGCGUUUGCUGCUACAAGCUCCUCUCAUGCUGCAAUUGGCUCUAUAGUUGAUAGUCUUCGUUCUUUGUCUGGUUUGCCUUAACAAUCCAAAUGAUAAGAGUGUUUACUUUAUAUUUUAUGAAAACGUAGAAACUCUUAAAUCAUGCCCAAAAGAUAAAAUCUGGAGGGAAUGACAUUACAGGGUUCGAACAAACUUCCUGUUCUGAUACUAUGUCAACUAGAAUAUUCCAUUUUCCUUAGGGUGCUCUAUAAAGUAUACUUCUAGGAUGUUUCUUAGGCAUGUCUCAAGAUCUUCUAUAUAUGUAUGUGAUUGGUGUUUCCUUUUCCAUAGGGAGGAGAAAUUUUGGAUGAGUUAAUGGGUUAAAAUAUUCUUUUGCUCCC